GCGCGUUGGCCGCACCGCGGCGACACUGCAGCGGCAAGGGUGUUACGUCACGUAGAAAUGACGUGCUAAUGGUUAAUGGCUUCCAUUCGGUCGAGCUAGGCUUUUAUGAGCGAGCCAGAAUCCAAUCCAAAGAAAACACAUGAGAUAUGAUGCGAUCGGCCGGUAGAAUCAUGAAAAUAUGAUCGCCUGAGCGCCAUACGAUCGCGAUAGAGAUUAAUAUUUGACCGGAGACGGAUCGGUCGUCCGCGAAUUACGUGCUGAAAACUGCUUUGCACGAAGAGGAACGACGUAACCGUUAUACAUUCUCACAUCGUCCCUACGUACUGGUUUCGGACCUGAUGCAAGGAACAUCGAGGUUCGCCGCGACGUUGCAGGACAUACAUCGCACUAGGUGACAUGCCUAGCACUCGUGAUAUUGAACGAGCCGAACGCAAUGGGAGAUUUCGUUCACGAAGAAGAGACAGCGCGAGCAGUGACGUGAACCGGCAGCACAGCUUUGACGGUAUCGACAAGCGACACAGGAGACAUGGCAAAAGUAAGAGCUCCGGAAAGAAGAAGAAGAAACGUUCGCGUGACAAGUCACUCGAAACAAUUCCAACUGUAGCUUCAUCCGUAGUGAAACCAUUAGUUGAAUAUUCCGAUGUGAGUAGCGAAGAUCUUUCGGAGCCCGAAGCGGGAGAGAUACAAUCGGAGGACAGUCGCGCUAAUAGUUAUACGGACGGAGAAGUACCUGAAUCGUUCCUUCAAAGACGGUAUUAUGGCGGUAGCCCGGUCCGCACUCUUGGAGCGUCGCCUAUCAGCCUGUCUCCGUCACCGUCGACUCAACAUCGACACUCCAAUAGACGGUACUCGUUGUCGAACGAGCAACAACAACAAUCGGCGACGAUGCAUGGCGCGACGCCUGAAUACGAAGAGGAAUCGAGACGGUAUGCUCGACGAAAGGAGAAGAAGCAUAAGCGCGAGAAAAAGAAGAAAAGAAGUUCGAGUCCGUCGUCGAAUUCGGGAAAGAAGAAGAAGAGAAAAUCCAAGAGGCAUUCUCACAGCAUGAGCCCGCAUCGCGCGGUCACCGAGGAAAUCGGAGGAAUUCCAAGUCCAAAUCGCGAGAAGCAGCUGCGAGAAUCAGCUAUCGCUUCCAUUAAUUGGUCAGAAUCGCCACCGUUGCCGCUCAAAGACAACAUGUCGCCCAUUUCACCGGCUACGCCGCGUGAACAAAGAUGCCACAGUGACGACCUAGUGGAACUAGAAAUGUCGCGGCAGGUAUCUCGAAAUGUCACUCCGCCGUCUCUCUCGGCGACGCGUGGCCAAGUCGAGUCGCCGCACACGCCUCUAAUGCCUCCAUGCGCUACGACGCCGGAGAAUAAGACUUGCCCAGUUGCCAUACCCAAGCACUGCAGCCCCGAUCGACAGAAACGUAGUCUCAGUCCCAUCCACGUGACGCGCCCUCGUCCCAGCGUUAGUCCCGGACCUGUGGGGAUAAAUCGCAGAAGACCGCACAGCCCGAGUCCACCAUCGAGACGAAGAGAUCACAGUCCACCUACGCGAAGAAGAGACUUUAGCCCUACGCCGGUGCUCCACAGACUGAGGCAUAGCCCGAGCCCGGCCACUGUCAGACGGCGAGAGUUUAGUCCGAGUCCCGGAAGCAGCCACAGGCGACGAACCGACAGCGGAAUUAUCUCCCCUAAACGUAGAAGACGAGACGAGCCAUCCGAUCGACGUAGUCACCGGGUUCACGACAAGGAUAGGAGGGACAAGCGAAAAUCAAGAUCGACUAGGAGUCCCACUGGAAGCAGAUUACAUUUGCCUUUGUCUCGAUCGCGAUCACGCAGUCCGGCAAGAUGGCGAAAACUAUCUCGCUCGAGAUCGCGUUCGCGGCCCAGAAGGAGUCGCACUCCGAAAAGAUCGCGCUCGCCCAGCAAAUCUCGCAAGACUUCGAGAAAACUCAAAUCGAAGAGUCCGCGUCCCAGAAUACCUUCUCCUUCUCCUCACAGGGCUCGUGCUAGAAGUCCAUCGAGCAUCACCGCUCGAAACCUCCGAGUCCAAGCAAAGAUCAGCGAGACUAGUCUUUUCGCGGAACUCGUCAAAGACCGUAACAUGAGGGAAUUGGCGUUUAAGAAGUUACAAGCCGCAAAGGAAAAAGUCGGGAAUCAAGAUGAGGUGCAAAUCAUAGAGAGCAUCGACGAGAAAGACGGUGAUGGUAACGCGAUCUCCGAAAAUAAAGUUUCCACUGACAAUAAGGACAGAUCUACAAAUCACAAGGAGCAGCACGUGAAAGCUGGCGAUAACGUGGUUGAUGUCACCGAUAUUCCCGUUCCGACGAGCGACGACAGUGCUGUAACGUGCAAAACGCCACCGUUACCACCAACAGGUCAACCAAUCGGUGUUCCAUUACCUAAUCCGAUAUCCGCUGCGAUGAAUCCACUCGUUUCUCACUCAAGCAUUGUACAUACCUCGCCCAAUCCACCGUCGAUAAUGCCCAACAGUUGUCCGAUCGUGUCGCAUAGCCCAAAUUUCUCGGCUCCCGCCCCUGGAGUACAACCACAACAACCACCACCGCCGCCACCGCCGCCGCCACCGCCACUGCCACAAUCUGCUGAAUCCAUGUCGACGCAAGUGUCCGCCCCUUUGCCUAUGUCGGUGCCGCCAAUUCCACCUACACCAAUUUUACCAAAUAUGUCUGUCCCACCACCACCGAUUCCCGUUCCAGCGCCUAAUACUAUCAUGUCCAAGUUUAAUCCACCAAAUAAUCUUGUACCACUUAAAUCUGUGGAUCCUCCCAAGCCUCCCAUAGUAACAUUCACGACCAAAAGUUUAAAGAGAUUGCCGUUGCCACCUGGCAUUAACCAAAAUGAUUUAGAAAGCAUAGAUUCCCCCCCAAGCCGUUCUCCAAGUCCUCCUAGCAAAGCGCAAUUAAAGGUCCCAGUAUCAUCAACAAAGCCACUGCAAAAAAGGAGUAUCAAGGAUCUGCCAAUGCCGCCAGUCGUACCUGGAUCGGAGGACUUGAGUGGCGAGGACGAUCCAAACGCAACGCCGCCGCGUUUGAAGGUCGAACGAGUGGCACCAAAGCCGAAAUUGAAAAGACCAAAAAUAUUGAAACGCAGAGGAUCGCGAAACUGUCAUACUCCUAUGUCGGCUUCCGGUGGCAAAGAUUGGGGCGAACGAUGCGUUGAUGUGUUCGAGUUUAUUGCGCAGAUUGGAGAGGGUACAUAUGGACAGGUGUACAAGGCAAGAGAUAAACGAUCCGGUGUGAUGGUAGCAUUGAAAAAAGUUCGACUUGAAAACGAGAAAGAAGGCUUUCCUAUUACUGCAGUCAGAGAAAUAAAGAUUCUGCGACAGCUUAAUCACAAAAACAUUGUUAAUCUUAGAGAAAUCGUCACUGAUAAGCAAGACGCCCUGGAUUUUCGCAAGGACAAAGGCUCCUUUUAUCUAGUUUUCGAAUACAUGGACCAUGAUUUGAUGGGUCUGCUGGAAUCCGGUAUGGUGGAUUUCAACGAGAUGAAUAAUGCUAGUAUCAUGAAACAGUUGUUGGAUGGUUUAAAUUAUUGUCACAGCAAAAAUUUUUUGCACCGGGAUAUCAAAUGCUCAAAUAUAUUGAUGAAUAACAAGGGUGAGGUUAAACUGGCUGAUUUUGGAUUGGCACGACUUUAUAACGCAGAGGAUAGACAGAGACCGUACACCAAUAAGGUAAUCACUCUGUGGUAUAGACCUCCUGAACUUUUGCUGGGAGAAGAACGUUAUGGGCCUGCGAUUGAUGUCUGGAGUUGCGGAUGUAUUUUGGGAGAAUUAUUUUCCAAGAAACCUUUAUUUCAGGCCAACGUAGAUCUGAUGCAAUUGGAAAUGAUUUCGAGGGUUUGUGGAACACCAACUCCUGCUGUUUGGCCUUCUGUGAUAAAAUUACCACAUUGGCAUACACUUAAGCCAAAAAAGCAGCAUAGAAGACGUCUGAGGGAGGAUUUUGCGUUUAUGCCAGGAGCAGCCUUGGAUCUCCUGGAUAAAAUGUUAGAAUUGGAUCCUGAGAAACGGAUUACGGCAGCCGAUGCGCUUAAGAGUGCUUGGUUGAAAAACGUUCAGCCCGAACAGAUGCCAGCACCACAACUUCCGACUUGGCAAGAUUGUCAUGAACUUUGGAGCAAAAAGCGGAAGCGCUUGUUACGGGAACAGCAAGAGAGUGUUGCAGCAAAGUUGCCUCCUCUUCUUCCAUAUCCGAAUAAAGGGGGUCCCAACAAGGAUGAUCUAUCAGAUGUCGGGGGUCGUUCGAACACGACCAUGGCAAUAACGCAGAACAAUGGAAAAUAGAAGCACGAAACAUCCUUCUCUGUUCGUGGCUUCGCUCUACAGAGAUUGUUUAUUCUUAAACGAUUGAUUUAAUAGACUGUGUGAGAUAUACUUAAAUGUAUAUUUUUCAAGGCAUAUGCAACAUGCCUCGGCGAUAAUAUUUUAUUAUAAUAAAAUAUGUUAUAUUACUCUUAUAACUCUUUGGCUACGUUUUGUAAAUUUUUUUAAAUUUGAAAAAACUUUGACAAAUAAGAUAAAGCUUACUAUGAUACAGAUCAAUUUUAUUACUUUUAUACUGAUUUAAUAUAAAAAGACGAUGUAAUAAAUUAUUAGUGAAAUGUAGUCUUUCUUUAUAGCUUCUUAUUACAAAACUUUAUGAUUUCAGUUAUAUGAUAUUUAAGUUAUGUAACUGUAAAAUGUAUACGAUAUUUGUGUAGCUAAAGGGUUAAUUAUCGUCCCACUAUCCAUAUCAAGUUAAUUUUACAAAAAUUAAAUGAUUAUUAUAAUUAUAUUAUUAUAAUUCUCUAUAUGCCUAAUAAUCAUUUACAACAUACAAUGCUCUAUACAAGAGGAAAGUAUACAUCCUAGUAAUUACUGUGAUUCAGUCUACCAUUCGUUUUUAAGGAUGAUUGUAAAAAUUAAAUUAUCGAUUUAUUCAGUUUAGAUAUAUAUAUACAUGUUUCGUCAAUGUAUACAAAAAGAGAACGCGUACAUGUAUACAAAACUAUACUAUAAAUACAUACAUCGCACGCGUGCACACACACGCGCGCACGCGCACGCACGCACAUAUUUGCAAAAAAGAAUAUAUAAUAUGCAUGUGCUCAUUCAUAUAAUCGAAUGAGAAGUAUUUAUGUAUAAUUUUUGCGCACAUGCAUACUAAUUUAGAUUCUUUUAGACAUUGAUUUAUACCAUCUCUAUAUACAUAGAAAUUCAAAGAAAUACUGAUUGUAAAUAAAUAUAGAAGUCACGUCAAUGUGAUUUCUCCUUGCUAAUGUUUAUAAAAAAAACGUUAAGUACCUAUAGUUAGAGCGUAAAAUGACGAUCUGUAUAAAUAGAUGAGCUAUAAGCUCUAUAAUGUAAAUAUAUAUAGGACAUACAAAAUAUACAGGACAUGCUGCAUCGGAAGAUCGAAGAAGACGAAUAUGAGAAGAUCAGAAUUAAAGUUGUGAAGAUGUUAGCCUACUGUUAACUUUAUUUAUAAUUAAUCCAAUUUAUUCAAACAUUCACAUUUUCGGCGUACAUUAAUCAUCUCUUAGCCACUGUAUUACAAUUUAGUGAUUCGUAUUAUAGAUAGUUAUGAUGACUUUUUUGCAAGAUACAAACAGCGAAUCAAUGUGUAUUUAUUUAGUAUUUUUUUUUGCAUGUGCGUUACUUUAACUGACACUGUCGAUAAAAUUCAGUCUUGGAUGUUUCCUAAUGUAAUGUCAUAGCAAUAUUGUAAAAUAAUAUUCGAAUGCUGCAAUAUAUUAUAUUUAAAUAUAUUCAAAGACAUUACUUAAAAUGUCUUUAUGAGCAGUAAAUAAAUCUUUAAAGAUAUCCAAACAUUCUUUAAUUUUUUUAGUUAGUGAUUUUUUUACUUUUAUUCUCAUAUAUCAUGUACUAAUAUUUGUUUUAAAAAAUCAACAAGCAGCACUCGAUAAUUAUCAUGAAAAAUACUUAUUUACCAGCGUUUACAGAUUCAUACAUGUAAAAUAAUCAUAAAAAAUAUAUGUUACUGUUUCUUUCUCUACUUAUUCCACAAAUAUUUUGACACGUUUCCGCUAUUUUUAAAAAUAAAGCAGGUAAAUUAAA